AAAUCAUAGUUUAGUAAUAUUUUUGUAUGAUAUGGUUUAUGCUGGCUUAAAGUAUUAGCAGGGGCUGCUCGGUGCUAACUUCACAAAGCUGCAAUUGCAAAUUUCUCUGUACCAUUGGCCGAAUUGCUUUUCAAUUUCACGAAUUCAGGAAUUUCACUCUAUCACUGAUAGUGGGUGGUAAAGUGAUUUCAAUUCAAAUGGAGCAGUACGAAAUUCUAGAACAAAUUGGCAAGGGUGCAUUUGGUUCUGCUCUGCUUGUGAGGCAUAGGCACGAAAAGAAAAUGUAUGUUCUUAAAAAGAUUCGUCUUGCUCGUCAAACUGACAGAACCCGUAGAUCUGCCCACCAGGAGAUGGAGCUUAUAUCUAAAGUUCGAAAUCCAUUUAUUGUGGAGUAUAAAGAUUCCUGGGUGGAAAAGGGUUGUUUUGUAUGUAUCAUCAUUGGCUAUUGUGAAGGAGGGGAUAUGGCUGAAGCUAUCAAAAAGGCUAAGGGUGUCAACUUUUCUGAAGAGAAACUUUGCAAGUGGCUCGUUCAAUUGCUGAUGGCUCUUGAUUACUUGCAUGGAAAUCAUAUCCUUCAUCGUGACGUCAAGUGUUCAAAUAUAUUUUUGACAAAAGAUCGAGAUAUACGUCUAGGGGACUUUGGUCUUGCUAAAAUGUUGACAUCUGAUGAUCUUGCUUCCUCAGUCGUUGGGACUCCCAGUUAUAUGUGCCCAGAGCUUCUUGCUGAUAUACCCUAUGGCUCUAAGUCAGAUAUCUGGUCUUUGGGAUGCUGUAUCUAUGAAAUGGCUGCUCACAAGCCAGCAUUUAAAGCACUUGACAUACAAUCAUUGAUUAACAAAAUAAACAAGUGUAUAGUAGCUCCCCUGCCAACUAUGUAUACUGCUGCUUUUCGAGGGCUCGUCAAAAGUAUGCUGCGGAAAAAUCCAGAGCUGAGGCCAACUGCUUCAGAAUUACUAAAUCAUCCGCAUCUUCAGCCUUACAUUCACAAGAUUCACCUUAAAUUAAAUAGCCCCAGAAGAAGUACUUUUCCUUUUCAAUGGCCGGAGCCAAAUUAUGUAAGGAGAACUCGGUUCGUGGAGCCAGAAUCUGUUUCUACUCUUUCUGACCAAGAUAAAUGCUUGUCAUUUAGCAAGGACAGGGCACUGAAUCCUAGCAUUUCUGGAACUGAACAAGUUUCUCAGUGUUCUACUCAAAGAGCACAUGGAUUAUCCACUUGUUCAGAAGAGAAAAUCUAUGAAUUAUCUGUAGGUUGUGUUGGUAACAAAUACAAUCCUGGUACGAAGUUCUCAACAGUUGAAAGAACACCAAGAUUGAGGGCAGUUACAGUUUCUGCCACUGCCAAAAGGCAAACAAUGGCACCAUCAAAGACAACCUAUCCUGGUCCAGACCGAGAUUCACUUCCAGCAUCUAAGGGACCAUCUGGAAGGUUUUCCUCACCAACAAGAGCCAGAGCGACGACAAACUUGUACACCAAUUUCUGUGUCCUUGGAAGUGUGGACUCUCCUAAUGUCUCUGUUAAUGCACCACGAAUCGACAAGAUGGCUGAAUACCCAAUGGCUUACAGUGAGGAUCCUUUUUUCCCUGUUCGUGGACCAUCAUCAACUUCAGCUCGCUUCUCUUCAAGCUCAACACGGAGUACUGCUGAUUGCUCCAUCACAAUGGUCAAGUGUACAAUUCAGGAAGACAAAGUUACUGUCCCCAACAUUAUCAGUGAUGCUUGCCCUGGUCCAAAGGCAACUCAAUGCCCUUCUGAGCAUGUAAAAGCUUGCGUUUCUAUUCGCUCCUCUGCUGAGGUGGAUCAGCGCCGCUUUGACACGUCAUCAUACCAGCAACGUGCAGAGGCUUUGGAGGGUUUGCUGGAGUUCAGUGCCAGACUCCUUCAACAACAAAGGUUUGAUGAGCUAGGGGUGUUGCUGAAGCCGUUCGGGCCUGAGAAGGUUUCUCCUAGGGAAACAGCUAUUUGGUUGACCAAGAGCUUUAAGGAAACUGUGGUCUAAGGUUUUCUUUUAAUGCACUUUCUGAUCAUUGCUAACGGAUAGUGUACAUAAUGUUGUGUAUGUUGACGGUAGAAUAAUGAAGAGUGGCUUUUAUUA